AAGCCCAACUCUAUGAAUGGAUAAUGGAGCUUCAUAAAGAUGGUUUUGCAAUUAAUUAUUCUAGUAUUAAAAUGAAAAUGGUUGAAAUUAUGAGAUCAAGUGCAAGACUAGCUCAAUAUGAGGCAGAAAAGCUAGCAAUUGCUAAUUUUAAGUUUUUACAGCAUUGGCUUGGUCAUUUUUUAAAAUGUUACGACCUUUUUCUUUGCCACAAGACUAAUAUUAAAAAUAAUUAUCCUCUUGGUAUGAUUGCAAAUAUGGAUGAGACAUCAGUUUGGUUUGAUAUAGUAGGUAACUUGACUGCGAAUCCAAGAGGCAUAAAAACAGUUCAUGUUCAGUCAACAGGAAAUGACAAAAAUCGAUUUACCAUGGUAUUAACAUGCCUUGCUGAUGGCACUAAGCUCUCUCUAGUCAUUAUUUUCAAAGGAAAGAUUUGGCCUGCUAAUAUGCCUCCUUCUCUAGUUAAAGGACCUCAUUUAAAAACAAUGCUUGUCUUAGAUUCUUUUUCAGCACAUAUUUCAGAACAAAUUAAGUUUGCAUUGUAUUCAAGUAAUACAGAUCUAGCUGUUAUUUCUGGAGUCUUACUAGCAUAUGUCAACCUCUUGACAUCUGU